GGACGCACGGACUCCAUUACCCAGCGUUCCGCGCAUCACUGGUAAACAGCUGUCAAACAACAUCGACGCCAUUUCGACAAGAGCCUUAAAAUGGCAGUAUAAUGCAGCGCGGGGAUCGUUCCUCACCGAAUAAGAAGCGACGCGCGCUUCUCACGCUCGCGAACACAGACGGGCUUUGACGGACACUUGAAGACGCCCCGCGGCGACGCGAUGGAUAUCAGCACCGCGGUGUUUAACGCGGCGAGGGACGGAAAACUCAAACUCAUCCAGAAGUUGCUGAGCAACAAAAGUCCGGAAUAUGCAUUUUUUAGUGUUGGUAACGUGUUUGGUGGUGGUCCCCAGGAUCUGAUGGGUGUUCUGGAGAAGAGCGUGCGUGAGGUGGAGCGCGCCGUGGCGCAGCGGGACAGUCCUCCGGAGACGCCGCAGUUCACCAAAGCGCUGUGCAUCAUCCUGCACCUGCUGUUCCUGCUGGAGAAGCUGGAGAGCGCUCCGGAGCAGGAGCACCAGAAGCGGCAGACCGUGUACCGGCUGCUGAAGCUCCACCCGCGGGCGCGGAGCGGCUACACACCGCUGCACAUGGCUGUGGACAAGGACACCACGUCUGUGGGCCGUUACCCGGUGGGGCGGUUCCCGUCGCUGUGUGUGGCGAGUCUGCUGCUGGAGUGCGGCGCUGAUGUGGACUCGCGCGACUGCGAGAACAACACGCCGCUGCACAUCGCCGCCGCUAACGGCUGUCCGGAAAUCAUGGCGGCGCUGAUCCGGGCUGGAGCGCACUUCGACGCCACGAACGCACAGCACAAGACGGCCUACGAGCUGCUGGACGAGCAGAGCAGCGGGCGACACGCGCUACACCCGCUCAACUACGUCACGCUGCAGUGUCUGGCGGCCCGCGCCAUCGAGAGACACAGGCUGCCCUACAGAGGGCUGAUCUCAGAGCAGAUGGAGGCCUUCAUCGAGCUGCACUGACCCCCAGCAGUCAUCCACCCAACCGGCCAGUGGUGCUCUCGCUCCCGAAGCGCUCGAGGUGGACGUUUACGCGAGCCAUUGGUGAUCUUCCAGGAAACUUGCCUCUUUCUCUUCUUGUCUUUGACUGACAGGGUCUGUUUCAGGGCAUCACAAACUGCUUCUCAAUCGCAUGAUCAGAGCAUUAAUGCAAAAUUGAAAUGCAAACGUUUUCUAUCAGACCGUCUCUCGUCCAGUGUGGGAACAUGGUGUAGAGUUGUUUCUUCUCAGUGAUGAUCCUGAAGGACCCCGUGGUGCCAAAUGCUAGCCUUACGCGGUUGUCUUUUCUAACGGCUUUGAAUGUGUGCAGCUGUGCUUUUAAUGUGUUUUUACUGAAUUUCCUUCCUCUGGGGACGGACUGUAAUAUAUAGAACUUGGGACUAUUUUUGAAUUGCUGACGUUACAUUGAUAUCUAUGCAGUUUAUUAACAGCGGUGGAUUUGGAGUGACAGAUUGGGCAACCCAGGUUGUUUUUGUGUUUUCUUUUCCUAUGCAGGGUUACGUGAAAAGCUUCGUAUGCGUUGUAGUCUUAUUCUAAAUGGCUGUAAGUUUUUAUUCUUGGUAAGACUUCGUUGCUGAAGUGAUGUAUUUCUCUGUUGUCCGGUCUGUCCUUGUAAAAGCCACCCUGUGAAAGCACUUUGGAAAUGUUAACACUUUGUUUAACCUCAAAAGCCAGAGACGUCUCUCAGAAACUAUACACGUGAUUUGGUUAAUUUAAGACAAUUUACUACAAGACAAAAAUGUGUAUGGUGAUGCCUGAAUAAAAUGCAAGUGUCCCGUCUGUCUGUGUGAUGUUUGUUGGUCUCCGGAACGACUGACGCUCAUCUGAAUCCAUCUGUGGGCUCCAUGAAGAGCCAUUGAUUGUGGGUUUUCUUUCAGGUCGGGACGAUCGCAGCACAAACACAUCAGAUCAUCAUCCAAAUGCUUUCCAGUCGUUAGGCAAGUUCUUCCUUUUGACAGCUUCAGAGUGUAAUGUGCUUACUCUAAAUAGCUGCACUGAUCAUCUAAUGUCGUGCUAUAGUUUUAGUUUCUGCGUGCUAGAACAAAUAUUUCCGUAAAUGUCUGAGUGUUUCUCUGAUAAUUAGAGUUUCUGAUGUAGCUCAUUUACAUGUCUUCAAUUAAUGCUGUUAUGUACAUUUGUUUCAUAAAUCAUGGGCAGGUCAUAUUUCACCUCAAAACCAAGAAACUGUAAAGAAAAUAUAAUUGAAGAAUUAUUUCUGUUGUUGUUGUAAUUCAUUAGUCAAUCCCCUCCUAUAUUUCAGAAACUACAGCAAAAAAUACAGAGAAAUUAAAUGUAUUCAUAAUUACAUUUUUAAAGUAUAAUUGGUAUACGUCAUGCUAGCAUUUGUUGUGCUUUUAAUUCUGAUUUAAAAAAAUGUUGUAGUAUUGUCUAGCAGGAGGAUUACAGCUAAAAGGGCAUACUUUUCUAAUUCCGGCUAAAAUUGAACAACUUUAUUAAGCAGUGAUUUGGGGGUGAAAUAUGAAAUAUGACAUUUCUUUCUCAGGCACCGCUUUCAAAGCUGACUGUGGUUCCUCUAGACUCUCAGGAUCAGAGGUUAUGGAGACUGAAGUAAUUAGACUGCUGAUUAAUGAGCAUUUAAUGGCUUGUCUGAGGCUGUUUGCUGACAGAAUCAUGUCACAUUUACACACGCAGCGUUUCAGUCAUUUCCAUCGGUGCCAGUUUAAUUCUAUUGUAUUUAAUACUCUAGCCUUUAUCUACAGAAAUAUAACGUUUGAAGCUAUGUCUUGGAUGUUGUAUGGUAUUUAACAGUAAUGCUGUCUGUUUUAUUCCCCUUCAGUCUCGUUUG